UCUUUUCCUCCUUUCGCUCAGUUUCGGGUAUCGGUGGUGCAUAUUUUUACUUUGAUUGUGGCCAAGUUGUGGAUAGUCUUCGCUGAAAGCAAUCGCCACGUUAGCCUAAAACCUAACAGCAAAACGUCUCUUACAUCUGGAUGAUGUCUUAUCCACCACAAUAUUAUGGAAUGCCAAAUGGUUUCCCACACACUUCCAAUGGCCAAAAUCAACAGCACCAGUUUCCACAACAACAGCAAAGCCAAGAUCAGCAGCACUAUACAAAUCGACCGGGAGAUGCAACAAAUCCACCCAAAGGGCCGAUGCUGCCCAACGGACCACCGGCGCCGAUAGUAAAUAGUCAACCAACUGUAGCUCAACCAAUGAAUGCUGUUGCGGGGGCACAACUACCCCCGAAAGCACACCCAUCCAUGCCGCCGCAAGAAGCGAUGCCGGUCCAGCAACAGCCGAACAGUAACUGGGUGCAAAAUUGGGCAGCUACCAAUGGCAACAGUACCACCUCGUCACGUACAUCAUCACCGGCUUUGGGAAGCAAUGGUAUGCCACCGAUGGCCGGUGCUACCAAGGUAGCUCCCAUCUCGUCCGAGGCAGUCCGGGGUUACGCAAAUAACAAUAACAAUCUUCCGCCGAUGGCAUCUAGUCAAAGUCAAGCAGCACCGACGGUGUCUCAGGCUGCAGCUGGUUACAACGUCAGUCCGAACAAUAAUUGGUCCAGUGGGAACAAGCUGAAUGUUGCUGGUGGAGUCAAUCACGUUAACACACCACCGAAAAGUGCAUCGGGCAUGUCGACGCCGCUGAAUGCGUCUACGCCCACUUUAACCGGUCCGACCGUACUGAGCGGACAGCAGCAAGCUAUGCAAAAGCUGACGUCUAGCGUACAGGAUCUGAGUCUUCAGCGGCCACCUGUGAUGGGUAGUGUUCCGCAACCAGCUGGUACCGUAACGCAUCAACAGAACUUCCCGCAAGCGCAACAACUUUCAACACCUAUGACUAAUGGCAACAGUGGACAGACGGGGACAAAUGUUAACAGCAGCAGUACAAUGGCUGCGUCGAAUUCUUCCACGCAAAUGGGAAUGAAUCACCGGGCAUAUGGUCAUGUACCGCCAGCUAUGAAUCAACAAUAUCAAUCCCCUCAACAAACGCAGCCCCUUCAUCAACCGCAGCCACAACAGCAACAACCUGCUCCAUCUUCUAUACCCCAAGGCCCACCACCAAUGACAAAUGGACCGGGCAGUACUAAUUAUGCGUACGGUUCUGUUGGUGCGGUAACAACACAGCAACCACAGCCGCAACAACAAUCGCCACCGAUGCAACAACAACCACAACAUCCAGCUCUUUCCCAAGGGCCACCAAUGGCAAAAGGUCCAGUCGGCUCUAAUCAAAUCGUUAAUGCUGGUAUGCUCACAUCACAACAACAUCCUGCGGGAAAUUUGAAUGCUCCCCCAACAACGGCACCGAUGACUGGGAAUGUACCCAGCGGAGGACAACAACCGCUAAUGAAAAGGCCAAUGUAUCCCCCGACAUCAAAUUUGCCACCGUUAGGUGCGAACAGUGGCCAAGGUCAGUCUCAGAAUGCUUACAGCAGUAUGCCGCAACAACCCGGUGUUCCUAUGCAGUCGCAACAGCAACAACAACAUCAUCAACAGUAUCAGCAGCAGCAACAGUAUCAGCAACAUCAACAACAACAACAGCAGCAGCAGCAGCAACAAAUGCAUCAGCUUCACCAACAACAACAGCAUCCUCAGCAACAGAUGCAUCAACAACAACAGCAUCAACAGCGAAAUGAUGCAGGUGGAUAUUAUCCGCGGAACGUUGUGCGCAGCGGGUUUGAUAGGUUGUGGGGUACCAACACCAUUGAUUUGCUGCAAAAUCGUAACGUUUUACCCACCGAUCGAGUUAUACCACCGCCAAUCCAUUUGGUGAAUCCACUCCAUAGCUCGGUCAAUUGCAAUCCGGACAUAUUCCGAUGCACCCUGAACAAGAUACCGGAAUCGUUAUCGUUGCUGAACAAAUCUCGUUUGCCGUUGGGGUUAUUGAUUCAUCCGUUCCGAGACUUAAAUGUAAGAAAUUGUACAGAAGAGAACUUGCCGGUCAUAUCGUGUAAUGCAAUUGUGCGCUGCAAAACAUGCCGAACGUACAUUAAUCCGUUCGUGUUUUUUACUGAUAGUAAAAAGUGGCAAUGUAAUCUUUGUUAUCGAACUAACGAACUACCAGAAGAGUUCCAGUACGAUCCCGUCACCAAAACCUAUGGCGAUCCAACCAGAAGGCCUGAGAUCAAAUCCAGUACGAUAGAAUUUAUUGCUCCAUCGGAAUAUAUGUUGCGUCCACCACAACCGGCCAUCUAUUUGUUCCUGUUGGACGUAUCGUCGCUAGCACAGCAGUCGGGCUAUUUGUACACGGUUUGCAAUACCCUGAUGGAACAUUUAGACAAUCUUCCCGGUGAUGCCCGCACGCAGGUCGGUUUCAUUGCGUACAACAGUGCUAUCCAUUUCUACAACAUUUCCGAAGAAUACAAUCAACCGCAUGAAGUGACGGUUUUGGACGUUGACGACGUUUUUCUUCCGUAUCCGGACAAUCUGCUAGUGAAUUUGAAGGAGUGCAAAGAAAUGAUCAUGCAGCUGUUGAAACAGUUGCCGAAGCGAUUCGAACACACACACGACACGCACAGUGCAUUGGGAGCAGCUUUACAAGUUGCAUAUAAGCUGAUGAGCGCUUCCGGUGGACGUGUUACGGUGUUUCAAACGUGUUUACCAAACUAUGGUCCAGGAGCAUUGCAAUCAAGGGAAAAUCCAAACAAUCGUUCGUCGAAAGAAGUGGCCCAUUUAGGACCGGCUACCGAUUUCUACAAACGUCUUGCGUUGGAGUGCUCGGGUCAGCAGAUUGCUGUGGAUUUAUUUUUACUAAAUAGUCAAUACUGUGAUUUAGCCACUAUUUCUGGCAUUAGUAAAUUUAGUGGUGGAUGCAUGCAUCAUAUUCCGCUGUACAGUGAAACCAAGCCGCAGCUAGUGAAAACGCUACGCAAGUCUUUGGAGCGUUACCUGACGCGAAAGAUCGGGUUUGAGGCAGUGAUGCGCGUACGUUGCACGCGCGGAUUGACAAUACACACAUUCCACGGUAAUUUCUUCGUCCGCUCAACGGAUUUGCUGUCCUUGCCGAAUGUAAAUCCUGACGCCGGUUUCGGCAUGCAGAUAACGUAUGAAGAAAGUUUGACCAAAGUCAAGACGGUUUGCUUCCAAGCGGCACUGCUCUAUACGAGCAGCAAAGCGGAACGGCGCAUUCGCGUCCACACGCUAUGCAUACCGGUCACGGAAAGCUUAUCGGAAGUGAUGUACUCGGCCGAUCCGCAGUGUAUAGUCGGGCUGCUCUCGAAGAUGGCCGUCGACCGUUCGGUUACCUCAAGCCUGUCAGAUGCCAGAGAUGCCUUUGUUAAUGCGACCGUCGAUAUAAUUAGCGCGUUUAGGCUAGUCCAAAAUCUGGCACAAAUUUCAAGCAAAUUGGUGGUACCAGAAAAUCUGAAAUUGUUGCCUUUGUACAUUUUGGCUAUGUUGAAGCAUCCCGCUUUUCGAACCGGCACCAGCACUCGGUUAGACGAUCGCGUGUUUGCUAUGAGUGAAAUGAAAUCGCUUCCGUUGGAUCAACUGAUACGAUACAUCUAUCCGGAUUUCUAUCUAUUAGAUUGUUUGUUCGUGUCCGGCAGCAACGGUUACGUUGACGAUGGACACAAGCUGGAGCCCAUCCGGUUGCAGUUAUCGGCAGAGAAGCUAGAUUCUCGAUCCAUGUUUUUGCUUGAUUGUGGCCCGUUCAUGUAUAUUUAUAUUGGUUCUAAUGUGGCAUCUAGCAUCGUGCAGGAUAUUUUAGGAUACAAUUCAGUUGCCGAAAUACCUGAUUUCUGCAUUGAGCUACCGAGCCGCAAGAAUAAAGCAAGCGAAGCUCUGUUGACUUUCUUGGAAAGCAUCGAUGACGAAAAGCCGUACGCCUCUUAUGUGCAAGUUAUUCGUGAUACUAGCCAAUUUAGAUCGGUGAUGAUUGAAAAGUUCGUAGAUGAUCGCAAUCCAAAUUCACUGUCGUACUACGAGUUCAUGCAGCAUUUAAGUGCACAGGUAAAGUAAAAGUGAAGAAAACCCCCGGAUUUCGAAUGAAAAUGGCAACAAGAAAAAAAAACGGAGCAGUUAAUAUAACCGGGCAUCUUCAAAGAUAAAGUUAUUUCGCUAUUUAAAAAAAAAACCCCACUCGUAUAUGUAUGUAUUAUAGCAUACCAAUUACUGAAAGUACUCCAAAAGUAUCGUGACGCAAAACGUUUUUCUCCCCCAUUCACACAGUUCAUUGUCUAUAGUGAAGCAAGGGAUCCGAGCAGAAAAUGGGUCGAACGAUUUUAAAAUAUAAAUUUAAAUUACAAAAAAACGCAUAUGUCGAAACCAUUAACACGAUCCUUCAAAUCGAGCUAGUAACAUGAGUGUGCGUGCGUGUGUCUGUCUAGGGGCGUCGCUUUAGAAUAGGUUGAACUAUAAUCCCGCAAGCGGUUUGUGGUCGGAAUAGUCGGCACUGUUAGCAAAUUAUAAACAAUGGAGGAACAUGCUGCAAAAACAAGUCCGUAGUAGGUGGCAAGUGUGGUUGCAUGUGGAGAUGGAACACACAUUGUCGCGUCGGAAAUUAUGAGUAGCUAGCGCGUGGCAGGUACGAUAUAUAUAUGUAGUUUUAAUUUAGGAAACAAAUAACAAAUAAAAGAAUUAUCCGAUACUGAAUGGGCAUACACCAAUGAACCAAAACCCGAUUUGUUAUAAGCGAAGUAUAAAAAAAAACAAACAAAUGUUGUAGCAAUGUUAGGACAGCGGAAGGCAGAGAGACAGCGGUUUACGAUCAGUUUGUUUUUCUCUCGCAUAGUUAAUUACAACGUUUUCCUAACACUAGGCAAUUUAUUCGAACCAGCACCUCAACCGUUAAGAAAAACCGUAAUAGGAAAUCGGUGCAAACUGUGCGGAAUAAUUCUAGAUAACUUUACAAUUUGAUAUAUCUGAUGAUAGCCAACGGACGUUGUUUGAUGGUAGUAACAUUCGUGCAAAUGGCACGUCCGUUGACAGGUGAAACUCGAAAGUAAUAGUUAUUGGUUCUGCUGUUGCUGUUCUGUUCUGUUUUUUUUUAUUUAAUGUGGUGUAAGAACCCAUAUGACCCUUUACCUUUGCGGUAGGUUUUCUGUAUUGUUUGUGAAUUGCAUACAGCCAGAUUAGUCCUGCUGUUGAGGUUUUCAAUUAAGUCUACAUUUCAUAUUCGAGCACUGCUGUGUUGUUAAACCGUGUGGUUAUGCUUUUGGGGCUGGAAAACAAAACAACUCAACCGUGGGUAGUGGUGCAAGCUUUAGUAAGUCUUGCAAAAGGCGCAUAUAAUGUGCACAUUUUUAUCAUUUAGCAGUAUGUUUACUUUUCAUAAGUUAUUCGAAGGAAGGCAUCCACAAGGGGCCGAUCGAGUGUAGCUUUGUUCGUGUUAUAUAGAUGGCAUAGCAAACGAACACCUAGCUGUAUACUUUGUUUGGGUUUGUUUCUGCUUUACUGUUGUUUAAUUUUGUGUUGUCGUUCGGUUUAGCCGUCCAGUUCGAGAUAUGAUUGCAGAGAAACAAUACACAACCCUGGAAAAAUUACAUUGAAAAUGUAAAUCGAAGCGAAUUAAUGUUUGCUAGUUAAGACGUUCAGGCAAAGGGGAAAGGUUCAGCAUAGGCUAUUGAGAAGGAUUAUAUGUAGUAUGGGGAGCUAGCUGGAGCAUUCGGUGUAAUGUAUAUCUUUAUCACGUAAGGCUUAUAAAUUUGAGAUAAAAUAUCGAUCAUCGCAUCUUGUUUUUUCGGGAGAC